AUGAUACCUUUAUUGAAGAAUCCAGAAAUGAAUUUUGGAGCAAUUACUUUCUUCGCUAGACAACAUAAGGAAGAUAUGUGUGGCAGCAACGGUUUGCCAUUAACGCCAAAUUCGAUAAUUAUUUAUGGAAGGGCUCAAAAACUGAAAUCCAUAAACAGUCCUUACUUAUGCCAAUAUCUUGAUAUUAUUCGAGGAAAGCAUGAACGUACUGUAGUGGUAUGUCAAUAUUGUGGAAUACCUUUAUUAAAUUACUUGGAAAAGGAAACGUUUACAUUAACUGAUAUCAAAAGAAUAGCAUAUCAAAUACUUCAGGGUCUGAAUAUAUUGCAUAAAAGAAAUAUUGUACAUCGUAAUUUAAGCAGCGAAAAUGUUUUACUACAAGGAAAUGUUAUUAAAAUGUUUAAUUAUGGGCUCUAUUAUUUAACUGAUAAUGGAAAGUUAGUUUCAUUUCCUGUAGUUCAGUUGCUGUAUGCUGCUCCUGAAAUAUAUUUAGAUGGUAUUCAUAAUAGUUUACCAAAUCCUGCAGUAGAUAUUUGGGCUCUAGGAAUAAUUUUGGCAGAGCUUGUAUUAAAUAAAAAGUUAUGGAACUAUUUAAAAGUUGGCCAAAGGAUUAGAAAAAUUUUAAGUCUUUUGCAAUCAAACACAUCUGUUUUUGAACGAAUUGCAAGAGAACACAAUGCAUAUGAUGAAUAUACUAAUGUCCCUGAUGAACUAAAAGAAAUCAUAGAAUCAUGCCUUAACAUUGAUCCAACAAAAAGGCCUACUUGUGAAGAUCUUCUAAAAAAAAGCAUUUUCAAUGAAUUUCUAAUCCAGAAUGGAUACAUAAAUAAUGAUGUAAAAAAAUUUGAAACAUUUGCUAUAAGUGAAUUGUACCACUGGUGGCAACUUGCAGGUGGAGAUGUAUUGCAGGAGUUAAAGAAGCAAGGACUUAUUCGAUCCAGUCCACCAAUAUUAUCAUUACCUCAUUUGGUGCUGAUUGAAGGCAAUAUUUUGGGACAAGAAAGAAACCCAGCAACUUUAUAUGACCCGAGAAUUGUGGAAAUGCCAUUGGACGCUCUGUAUCAAAGAUUCGAGAAUAUAUCUUUUUCAGCCUUUUAUCCUUUGAUACAGAUCAAAUCUAAAAUAAUAUCUCAAUCGGAACCACAGUCAUAUGAUGCAACAGGAUUGCCUCUUAUCAUUAAAGAACGAGACCCAGAAUAUCAGUUUCAUAGGAUAAUUUUGUUUCGAAGGCUUCUACAUGGUUAUCCAUUUACUAAAGAUCUCAUUAGAAAAGAAGCUGAGAAGGACAUUCCACCUUUAUUGAGAGGAGAAAUUUGGGCAGCUCUGUUAGAUGUUAAAAGUGAUUAUAAAUACCGAUAUAUGAAAUUAGAUAAGUACACACUUACGCCAACUGAUAGACAGAUAGAGGUAGACAUUCCGAGAUGCCAUCAAUACAAUGAAUUAUUGUCGUCUUCAGAAGGACAUAAAAAGUUGAAAAGGAUUCUAAAAGCUUGGGUGUUUAAAAACUCACACUAUGUUUACUGGCAAGGCUUAGAUUCUCUAACGGCUCCGUUUCUUUAUUUGAAUUUCAACGAUGAAGCUAAAGCUUUUGCAUGCCUGUCAGCAUUUGUUCCGAAGUUUCUACACAAAUUUUUCCUAAAGGAUAAUUCUGCUGUCAUAGAAGAAUAUUUAGCGAAAUUUUCACAGUUGAUAGCUUUCCACGAUCCAGUUCUAGCCAAUCACUUAUAUGAAAUAAAUUUUUAUCCGCAGCUGUUUGCUAUUCCAUGGUUUUUAACAUUAUUCUCACAUGUUUUUCCUCUUCACAAAAUUUUGCAUCUUUGGGAUAAGGUGCUGCUAGGAAAUUCUUCAUUUUCUUUACACAUAGGUCUUUCAGUAUUGACACAACUUAGAGAGAGAUUGCUUAGUUCCGGAUUUAAUGAAUGUAUUCUACUUUUUUCUGAUUUGCCCGAAGUGGACAUUGAGAAAUGUGUUACACUUUCUACGGAAACAUUUAAAGUUACUCCAAUAAGUAUAACCGAAAGGGAACAUGAAAACGACGAAUUUAGAACAAAGGACGAAUAUGACAUUUCCGGUGUAACUUUGCAUGAUUUAAAACAAGAAAGGUAUCCUCGAAUUAGUGCCAGAGAUGUUAUAGAAUUAAUUCGAACAAAUCCUGACAAAAUUCUAGUGAUAGACAUCAGAAACUUAAUACAGUACAAUCGCUGUAGUGUAAUUAACAGUAUCAGCAUUCCAUUUUCUAGUAUAUCGUUUACAGAAAAUAAAAUAGAAAAUGUUGGCAAUAAUAGUACACAAUUGGAAAGUACCAAAGAUAAAGUAGUUGUAGUUAUAGGAGAUGAAGAAACUGAUUUGGAAUUGUUUCCAACGUUUUUACUACGAUGUAAUGUAAAAAAGGUUUGCGUUUUACACGGCGGAUUUAACGUUUUACUCCCAGUAUCGCCUACAGUUUUAGUUUCACAAAAUAAUAUUGGAUAG